AUGCAUUUUGAUCUUUCAUUUUACCUACAGGAGAAGAUCACUACGACCACGACCACAAAUGAUAUUGAAAGCUUAACAAUAAACUGUAUCUUACAAUCAUCUGCAACUCCCACACCAGAAAGCAUGAAAGAAGUUGAAAAAUAUGAAAUAAACUUCAAAGGUGUUAGUGUCAUUAACAUGACAGGGCAAAGUGUUUAUGGCGUUACUGAAGGUUCAUUUGAUGCUGAGUAUCUUAUAACUGUAAUGAUUGGCAACAAUGGCUCUCUACUCCGGGGCAUAGUCUUCCGACAGGGGAAUAUCACUCCUAUCAUGGCUGCAAAUGAUGUUGCUCCAUAG